UGCAAGUCCAUAUAAUUGCCGAGUUUGAAUUAUUAGAUGCAGUAAAGAAUAUUCGAUUGUACUCUUUAUUUCCUGACUCAGUAUACGUUAUACUUUUGUAAUCAUACAGUUAUAAUCGUGAAGUGUACACAAAUAACCCAAAUCAUUGUCGAAACAUUUGAGGUUAUUUUAUCUGAUAACUUAUUAUUUCCAUUAAGAAAAUAUGGAAAAGAAUAACAGGAAACCCGCUACAAAAAAAGCGAAAACCAGUGGACCUUUAGCCAAGGCGUACUUGAUUUUCUACAAUUUCGCUCAAACCAUAGGAUGGAGUUACCUUAUGUAUCAAGUAAUUGAUUAUUAUAUGGACUCAGAUGUCAAUAAAGUAUCGUUGUACGAGAAAGUGAAAUGGACGGUUAUAUUUUUUCAAAACGCAGCUCUUCUGGAAGUGGUCCAUGCUGUUAUUGGAAUCGUUUCUUCCAGCCCUAUGAUAACGAUCCAACAGGUGGCGUCCAGAGUUAUCGUUGUUUGCGGCGUCCUGAUGGCCACAGAACUCCCCAGGAAGUCAAUCGGAUUUCCGCUUUUGCUCUUCGCCUGGUCAAUUACGGAAAUAAUCAGAUAUUCAAAUUACGCACUGAAUUUGAUGAACUCUGUGCCGCAUUUCCUCGUCUGGUUGAGGUACUCGACUUUCAUCAUUUUAUAUCCGAUUGGAGUCACCGGUGAAUUGCUAUGUUUAUAUUCUGCCCAGCAAGAAGUCGGGGAUACCGGACUCUGGACAAUCUCCAUGCCAAAUACAUAUAACGUUAUUUUCAAUUACCGCUACUUCCUAAUAGCAGUUAUGUCUUUGUACAUUCCGUUGUUUCCGCAGAUGUACUUGCAUAUGGUUUCCCAAAGAAAGAAGGUUCUUGGCAAGGCGAAAAAAAUGAAUUGAAUCAUACAUUAUUGACAAUUGUUUUUUUUACUAUUCAUUUCCUCUCAUUGUUUCUUUUGAUUUAAAUAAAUUUCAACUUAACUGUUUACAUGUUUAUCAAUAUCAGCAAGUCAUUUGACAGUGAAUGGUUUUUGUAGAUAAUCAAUUUAAUGAAUACACUUAAUAAUAAAAAAAAAA